UUCACAACGAGAAAACGACCUGCAAACAUCUGGCCGGACAAUCUCCCGUGGCCGAUGUGUACCUUCAAUCUCUGCAGCAGAAGCAGCAGCAGACGCAGCUCGUGCCUUGCUUUCCGAUCCGGCGGCUCCAAUUACUAGCCCCGGAUGCAUCCUUCAAUGCACCCCAGGCUGCUCUCGCCACUUAUCCGACCCUGUCGUUUCAUUGCCCGUCGCCGUUAUCCCGUCGUUGUCGUUCCGGCCGCUCGUCGGUUUCAUAUCUCGCGACGAUGGCUGGCCACGGCGCCUGCCGACCCCAAUGGGCCCGCCGAUCCAGCUGCCAGUGAUGUCUCUGGCGAAGUACCACCUGCGGAAGCACAGGCAGUCAAUGCGGAGGGAGGCGAGUCUACGACGCCCUCUUCACGGUCCCCCGCGCGAACAUCGAACGGACCUUCGAGUCCAUAUGGCUCUGCGGUGCGCAGGGCUAUGAGAAAUCGGAAGCCCGCUCGUGAGUUCAUGCGUCCCGCAGCCACGGUUCCCAGCUGGUUCUACGAGCGGAAUACGGUUUCAAAUAGCGGCGGUCAGUCGUCGGAGCGGCAGUCACCGCAGCAGGUUGGAUUUGGUCAACCAGGUUCGGAUGUGGGGGAGACUACUACGAAUAACUUGGCUUCUGGUGGUAACGACGGCAAUGAUGGCGGAGCCAGUGAGCCUGCGGGUUCAGAGGAACGCUACAUGCUCAGCCCGGCAGUGUGGGAGGAGCUUCUUGCCUCCGUUAAAGCUGGACUUAGACUGCCAGCUGCGAAGUACGUGAAUGAACCGGCAGCUCUGAAGUCUCAUCUCGUCCUCCAGUACCCUGGCAAUGACGGGAUCCUCUUUCUUGAUGCGGUCGUCAAGCGACUGGGCCAGAGUCUUGGUGCGAACGUGGUGACGCUCAAUGCUCAGGACAUCGCGCAGCUGUGCUCUGAGCAGGACAUUGCCGAUACUGGCAUGACCUCUGCCAUUAGGUCUUUGGGAUACGAUGUCUACCGGCCUAUCAGCAAUGUGUCAUGGCAGGAGUCCGAUGAAGCCAACGACGUUGAAGGAGAUGAUGCAGAUAUUGACAUUGCUGCACGACCGUCAAGACAAGAUCUUAGUGCCCCUAAGUUUAUCCCCGUCGAGAACCCCCGCGACCUCGCCAUUAUUCCCAUGCCCAAUUGGCUGGGUCUGAAGGCCCUGGUGUCAACUCUUGGAGUGUCCGCUGGUGAUUCCUCCGCUGAUCGUGGCGGCGCAAAGGGGGCGGAGCAUCGGUGGUCACAGCUCUUGAACGAGUUGAUUGCUCCGGUGACGCCAAAGGAUCGUCCAGUCUCUACGGAAACAGCACCUUCCACAACGGAAACAGAUGUCCCUGAGUCACGACAAGCUACGCAGCAUCCGGAUGUUAUUAUCCAGAUACAGGACUACAGAGAUAUCCAAGCGACGCGUGAGGGCUCCAAGUUCAUUACCUUGCUGCAGUCAGUAAUUCGGGAGAAACGGAAAGAAGGGGCGCGUGUGUUGUUGGUGGGAACCGUUGCACGAGAAGUCUUCACUCCUGGCGGCAAGGAUACAUCGCGCUUCAUCCAGAUGUCCCUGGAUGAUAAUUUCUCCAAGACUCUUGUCGUCACACCGGCCAUGGACCCUGACGCAGUGGAGAAGAUCUUUACGGAGGACCGGAAGAGACGGACGAUGGAAAUCAACAUUCGACACCUACAGGAAAUGCUCCGGAUAAGAGUGGAUGAACAAUCCAUUUCUGCCGACGAUGACGUCCUAACCACCUGGACAUGGCCGUUGGACGAUGAGACGGUCAAGAAGUCUGGAAUCAAUGAGCGGUAUUGGACAUAUAACCAUGUCCACUGGGUGACUACUCUGGCGCUUGGCUGUGCUGAACCCGAGGAGAAACUAGGCCUGCGACACAUCCAAAGGGGAAUAGAGCUCAUGCAGCGGACAGACCGUAUCAAGAAUGACUGGCUGCAGCAGCGGUCCCCCAAGCCCAGUCAGGGUGAACCAGAGGCGGAUCGGGAGCAGAGUCUGAAAGCCCUUCGAAAGACGUGCAAUACCCAUGAAAAGAAGCUUCUGAACGGCGUGGUGGACGCUAAGAGCAUUCGCACAACCUUCGCCGAUGUCCAUGUUCCGCCAGAGACCAUUGACGCAUUGAAGACCCUCACAUCACUAUCAUUAGUUCGACCUGAGGCCUUUACGUAUGGUGUCCUUGCAACCGACAAGAUCCCCGGUCUUCUACUUUAUGGUCCACCUGGAACCGGUAAGACUCUACUCGCGAAGGCCGUUGCCCGCGAAAGCGGCGCGACUGUCCUAGAAGUCAGUGGAUCUGAAGUAUACGACAUGUACGUGGGUGAGGGUGAAAAGAAUGUCAAAGCCAUCUUUACUCUGGCGAAGAAGCUCAGCCCCUGCGUCGUCUUCAUCGACGAGGCAGAUGCCAUUUUCUGCUCUCGAACAGGAGCAAGUACCCGGACAUCGCACCGCGAACUCAUCAACCAGUUCCUGCGUGAGUGGGACGGCAUGAAUGAUAUGUCUGCUUUCAUCAUGGUUGCAACAAACCGACCAUUUGACCUGGAUGACGCCGUCCUCCGCCGUCUCCCUCGACGCUUGUUGGUCGACCUCCCCACGGAGAAGGACCGCGAAGCCAUCCUUCGUAUCCAUCUCAAGGAAGAGGUGCUCGACCCGGCCGUGGACCUGGCGGAGCUGGCGCGCCGUACGCCCCUGUACUCCGGAUCUGACUUGAAGAACCUCUGUGUAGCAGCCGCCCUCGCCUGUGUCCGUGAAGAGAACGAUCUGGCGGCGCAGCACCAAGGCCCGGAACCUUACCAGUAUCCGGAACGGCGCGUCCUGCAGCUGAAGCACUUUGAGCGCGGUAUGGAGGAGAUCAGCGCCUCCGUCAAUGAGGACAUGUCCUCUCUGUCUGCGAUCAGGAAGUUUGACGAAAAGUACGGGGACCGCAAGGGACGACGGAAGAAAGGACCUUCCUGGGGGUUCACACCCCCCGGUGAGGCCCAAACAAGCGCCGACACAGCUCGUGUGCGCACUUGAUGGGCGUUCUGUGUUGACUAUUUACCGUUGGGGCGGUUGAUCAUGGGAAAUAUCGAGUCACGACCUUGUUCUACUCUUCUGUUGCUAUUCAUUUUUUUUUUUGUAAUACUAGACCCAUGAUAGACCUGUACCACUAGCCACAAAUCACAUAUAAGAUGCUAUUUUAUUCUCUUUUAACUCCUCGUUCUGCUGCGCGGGCGUACGAUCCGCGCAUGGACGUCGUGUUGCCGCCAUCACAUCAUAACCUCCUAAGGCUUGCUUCCGCUCUCGUCGGGGAUUUUCC